UGUUUGCUUCACUCUCAAAAUUCUAAAUCCAGUCGCCAUUUCCCACCAUCUCCUCUCAGAAAAAGUUUCAGUCUCAUACUCCCUCGUAGUUCCUUUACCCAUAGACAAAAACAAGAAGAAAAGAACCAAUAGAACUCUCAUUUCCUUCUGGCCUUCAGUAGUACCUGAGCUUUCGGAUCUGCUAACCUUUGACCAAACCCUACGCUUCAGAGAUUUCCUGCGAAAAAGACGCAGCCUGUUGAUGAGCAGUAGCAUGAGCAGAGAAAGAUUCGGCUAACCAAACCCAGGAUCUUCCUUUUUUCUUUCCCCCCUCCCCCCACCUGGCCCUCAGAAGACUAACAAGAGGAAACAAAACAUUUAAUGGCGAGAUAAGGAAAUGCUCCGCUCUUCUUUUCCUUCACCUCUUCUAAGAUUCCGUCCUCCGAGACCAGGCCUCAGGAAAACUGAGUGUAGGGAGAGAAGAAAAAGAUAAGAGUAUAUAACGGAGUAAAAGGGAAAAAAAAAAACGGGGGCUAUUCACGAGACUGUCAAUGAAUUAGAAGAAAGGAAGUAUAAUCUUUUCGGAGGAGACUAAGCUCUUGAAAGAGAUAAAAAGGGUGGAAGACUAGGGUGGAGAGUUCUUUGGUUCUCUCUCAGUUCUACUGCGGUGCUCUGCUACCAAACUCUCUCGGUUGGAGUAAAAAAAAAUUCGACCUGGAUACCUCCUGAGCAUUUCACCGCCAGCACCUGAGCCCCUGUCCUUGUCUUCUAAGUUGUUGUCCGGUUCCGGCGGCCGGUAAAUGGGCUGGGCUACGAGGUGGCUGAGGAGUCUUCGAGGCAGGAAGAAGGACACAAAGGAUGCCAAGGAUGCUGCUGGUACCAGCGAUGGAGAAAGGAAAGAGAAGAGAAGGUGGAGCUUUGGGAAGUUCGGGAGGGGCUCCAGCGAAAGAGAGGCACGGAAUCCGGUGCCGGCAGCAGAGCCAGGAUGGAUGAGAUCGUUCUACGCUGAGAGAGAGGAGCAGAACAUGCAUGCUAUCGCGGUGGCGGUCGCCACUACUGCAGCAGCUAGCGCAGCGGUGACGGCCGCUCAGGCGGCGGUGGAGCGGCUCCAGAGCCAGGGGAAGGGUACUCUGUUUAACGGCGUCAUCGAGCGGUGGGCGGCCGUCAAGAUUCAAACAGCCUUCAGAGGAUAUCUAGCAAAGAAAGCUCUCCGAGCUCUCAAAUCUUUAGUAAAGCUACAAGCUCUAGUUCGAGGCUACCUUGUGAGGAAGCAAGCGUUUGCAACUCUUCACAGAUUGCAAGCUCUUAUAAGAGCUCAGGCCGCUGCUCGGAAGCAGAACUCUUGCAGCCUUCCUGCAAAAUAUGGAAGAUUUUCGCCAGAAAUCUUCCCCCGGAGAUCAUAUGAAAGGUUUAAUGAACGAAGAGGUGAACAAUUAGCACCAGUUCAUAGCCGGAGGCUGUCGACGUGCCUCGACAGUCCAACCUACAGCUUCGACAGGAGCCCAAAGAUCGUUGAGAUGGAUACUUACAGAACAAAGUCUAGAUCUUCCCGCAGAAUCAGCCAUUCCGUGUCAAAUCCUACCGAAGAAGACCAGCACUCACUGCCGAUUUCCUCUUCAUUUCCAUGUCGAAUUCCACCAAGGCUCUCCAUUCCUAUCCGGAGAAUCUCCGAAGACCAGGACUCAAGUCUCAGCGGCGAUGACAAAUACCGGUGCUCGAAGACUGCUUACAGCACCCCUCGCUACACGAGCUAUGAAAGCAAUACCCCGGCAACACCGGCGCAGAGCCUAGAUGCCGUUGAUGGGGUUCUCCGACGAAUUCUUAAUAAGCCAAACCAGCCAAACUAUACGGCAAACACUACCUCAUUUACGGCGAAGGUGCGAACGCAGAGCACACCAAAGCAGAGGCCGGAGAUGGCAGGGCUGAGGAAGAAGGUACCACUGAAUUCGAAUGAGGAGGAGUACAGGGCCUCCUUCAGUGGAUUUGGAUCGAGAAAGUCUCCCUCGCAAGCGCAGGGAGCCUUUAAUUUUAAGAGCGCUGUGGUGGAGAGGCUUGAUAGGUCUGCUGAAUUGGGUACAGACUACUACUUGCAGAGGAUGUGGUGAUCACGGAGUUCAGAAACAGAAGCAUUAGAGCAGCACUAUCCUGCACAAAUCUGAUUAUUGUAGAGGUUUGCUGCUAAUAGAAGCGGAAUCAUGGAUAAAAGCAUAGAAAGGAGGAAUGUUUGAGUUCAGAAUUCAGGGAUGAAAGCAUUCUAUCUCUUCCUGUAGUUGUUAUGAGGGAGGAUGAGAGAUUGUGCAAAUGCUGCAAGUUUGAUGACUUUAUUGUUUCUUUUGCUGCUUUAAUCAUCUAGUUGCAAUGAAAGUGUUCAGAUUUUUAUGUAAUAGAAGGAAAGUAUCCAUCCUUCUUUAAAUAUAAAUAGAGGGAAUAUUAUAGUGUAAGCAUGUCAGGUGGUCGAAAUUUGGACCUAA